AUGAAUCUCAAUGGUAUGCUCAAGCAAACAGAUUCACCCUUCACCACUAGUGUUCUGGAAUGCCCCUUGCCUCCAAAGUUUCACCUCCCACAACUGGAGUGCUAUGAUGGCAUGAAAGACCCUCUUGACCACAUAGGGGCUUUCAAGACAAUUCUGAACCUCCAGCAAACUCUAAAUGAGGUCAUAUGCAUGUCCUUUCCCGCCACUCUCAGGGGAGUUGCCAGAGUGUGGUUCAAUAAAUUUUCAACGUCUUCAAUUGUGAACUUUGAACAACUUAGUGACUCGUUUGUCUGGCACUUCAUCGGGGGGCAGCGUCACAAGAGGCCAAUAUCUUACUUGCUCACUAUAAGGCAACAAGAAAAGGAAAGCUUGAGAGAUUAUGUGAAGCACUUCAACAAAGCUGUUCUUGAGAUUGAUGAAGUUGAUGACCAAGUUAUAAUGAUGACCUUUCAGGCUGGACUCAACAAUCCCGAUCUCGUCUUUUUGCUGGGAAAGACGCCUCCAACCUCUAUAAAAGACCUCCUGUUCAAAGCUCAGAAAUACAUGAAUGGGGAGGAUGCUCUCAUUGCAAAAGGACUGAUGGGAAAAUGGAAGAAGGAAGAAACCAGUGACUCCCAAGGUAAGAAAAAAGACCGCAAAGACCAUUCCUCGGAAACCAAGGCUAGUAAGAGUAGCCCAGAAGUUCCAAAGAAAAGGUUGAACUUCACCCCUCUGGUGAUGCCUGUGGACAAAAUCCUAAUGCAAAUUAAGGAUGAACCCAGCUUAAAAUGGCCAAAACCGUUAAGCACAUCCUCUAGGUAG